UUCAGUGUUACACAACGAAAUGUUACAUGACCUGCUUCCAACUGAGAAUGUUGACCUGAGAUGACCAUUCUUCACGAUGUCGAGAAUAGGACGUGUUUUAUCUAGGUUGUCACACCAUUCUCUGUGUCGUGAGACUGUGAUUUAUGGUACCAAGACAAAGCAGAGAUUGAACCAUGCACGGACCCUCUCCCUGACCUCCCAGAGGCUGGGUAAGUCAAAAACAGCAGAUGAGGAUGGCGAGGAGCUCAGUCAUCCCAUCAAGUUCACUACCAGCAAAGCCAGUCACAAGACUUGGAAUGUAGACCAGUCCCUGGGAAGCAAGUAUCAGCGACCAUGGUGGAAAGUCCUCCCCAUCAGUCUCUUUGGGUUGAGCUUCUUGCUGUGGUGUGCACUGAGGGGCGAGACGGACAUUGAUGAACAGCUUGAGAAGAAUCUUUAUGAACAUUUACCUGGCUUGCUCUUGGAUGAAGAGGAAGAACAAAGCAAACCUAGCUAAUAUUGUGCAACUGAAAAAGUCUAAUUUCAGGUUAUUUUAGCUAGAUUAGGCAAUGUCUGUGGCAUGCACAAUUGGUGUAUGCUUCCAUGUCGAUGAGCAGUGAGUAUAAGAGGUAUUAAUGCUCUGGCCAUCCACCUGUAAGUGCAGAGGUUGUUCAAUAAUUAAGGUGCAAAAUGCAAUUGUCAUUCAAAUGUUCACUAUCCAAGAUUUAGACUUUGUAUGAACCUCAACAUUUAGUUGUCAGAAUCGUGUGAAGGAAAGGUAACCAUGUUUCCGUCUAACCUUUUUAUGCAGGUAGUCAUUCUGUAAAAAAAACAAAAAAAACGGUGUUGGUACAACUUCAUAAAUGUCGACAUUGCUCAUUUGACAUGGUGGCAUAUUUUUGAAAAUAAUUAUGCAGCAAUUGCAGUGAAAAUGCUGUUAUUUGCAAAUAUUGAUAGAAUAACCAGACAUAAACUUGCAGUCACCCGAUGCUAUGUUUGUGGUCCUCCCACAGCGACCUGGAAAGGCAUGCAGUUUAUUAUGCUACAGAUGAAAGUGAUGUACUUCACAGGGUGAUGAUUAGUGUGAUGCUCCUUUCCAAUAAAGACGUUCUUCAUUUG